AUGGCUACAAUCGCUGUUGGCGGCCUCGAGCCGUCUCCUCCAGAGUACGAUGAAUCUGCUCCCAGUGGCGGAAAUCCGCUGGAAGUCAAUGUCAAUGACCCGUAUGCUCUCCAGGAGUUUCACUAUACCUAUCUCGUCUUCUGUGCAUUCAUUGUAUGGCUCAUCAUCCCUGGCAUUGGUCUCCUCUAUGGAGGUCUAGCACGUCGCAAGUCGUCUCUCGCCCUUUUGUUCCAGUCACUAUUGGUUGCUUCAGUGACCACCUUUCAGUGGAUGUUCUGGGGCUAUUCGCUUGCCUUUUCGCGGACCGGAAAUUCCUUCAUCGGCGACCUGAAGAACUUUGGUUUGAUGGGUGUCGGUGUGGCUCCUUCGCCUGGGUCGGCCUAUAUCCCCGAAGUAGUGUUCUGCCUCUACCAGAUGUUCUUCUGCGCCUGUACGGUACAGAUCGUUAUCGGUGGAGCGUUCGAGCGUGGCCGCAUCGUCCCCUCCCUCGUCUUCUCUUUCUUAUGGGCUACUAUCGUAUACUGUCCGAUUGCGUGCUGGACCUGGAACUCGAACGGAUGGCUCUAUAACCUUCCAUCUCUCGAUUAUGCUGGAGGUGGUCCAGUACAUAUAGCCAGCGGCUGGUCUGCUCUCGCAUAUGCGUUUGUCCUUGGCAAGCGCAAGCACCACGGCGAGAAAUCCCAUCACAAGCCUCACAAUACCACACUAGUUUUCCUGGGUACCGUAUUGAUCUGGUUUGGGUGGUUUGGCUUCAACGGAGGUUCCGCACUGAACGGUACUGUACGUUCCAUGUAUGCGGCCUUCAAUACAAAUACUGCUGCAUCAACUGGUGUUCUCGGCUGGGUCAUCAUCGACUUUAUUCGGACAGGGGGAAAGUUCUCCGUCGUUGGUGCUUGUGAAGGAGCCAUCGCUGGAUUGAUUGGGAUUACGCCUGCUGCAGGAUUCACAUCACUAUGGACUUCUGCAUUGCUUGGUUUUAUCACUGCGGUAGCCUGCAACUCGGUCAAGAACCUGAACAAGUGGAUUGGAAUUGAUGAAGGUAUGGAUGUUUUCAAACUUCACGGUAUCGGUGGAAUGAUUGGUUCCUUCUUGACUGGGAUAUUCGCCCAACAAUGGGUGGGCGCACUCGACGGUACAUCUACUGGGUACUCGGGCGCUAUGGAUGGUGUCGGUAUACAGGUUGGACGUCAGCUCGCGGAGAUUGUUGCAAUUGGUGCCUAUGCUUUCACGGUUUCAUGCAUACUACUUUAUAUCUUGAAGUACAUCCCGGGCAUGAAUCUGAGGGUUAGUGAAGAGGCGGAGAUGAUCGGUUUGGACCUGGACCAAUUCUUUGACGAACAGAUAGGUGAUUGGACCAUGGUCGAGCAGCACGCUGCCAUCAAUGAUUCGAUAACCCCAAGCAGUCAGCACAGUAUCAAGCAGACCUCAGAGAUUCCUAAGAAAGCUGCUUAG